AUGGCUCCAAAACCUUCUGAACUUGCUGGAGUUGAUUCAUCUUCAGCUCACUCCGUCAAAGCCCCUUUCACUUGUCUUACCAUUCGGCAAAUCAAGAUAAUUGAGCCAACAGACUCCAUGCUCAGCAAUUGCUCCAAUCUUUCGAAGCAGUUGAGCACAUGCGUCUGCAAAGGCACCAAGCUACAGAUCGAGAAAAAGGAGAAACGACAUCGGUACAAAGCUCAUCAAGUGAAAGGCCGAAAGCAUAGCUCCACUGCUUCCACAACGGAUACCGUUCGGGAGCUGGUCUUCCCCAUCAUGAGCUACGCUCUCGACACCCGUCAUCCUAUCGUUCGGGAAGUCGAUGACCGAGCUUGCAAGAGCCCCCAAAUCACCUAUAUCAAAUUUGCUAUUCACUUACCAUUCGAUAGGAAAGCAAAGCGCGACAUGCCCCGUGGCAAGCCACGAUCAAGCUGUCAGCCUCCCACCAUGGUUUCCGAUCAGCAACCUCGGAUAGUCAUAAGCUAG